GGUGAUUAGACCAGAAGAGAUAGAGUAGUAACAGUAGUUGGCCAUGUCAGAGUGUCAGUGUAACCGAGGUGGUCUGGUGAUUCAUUCAGCAGCUCAUCGAUUUACCACCCAUUUUUAGGAUUAAUGUCAUAGUGCAAAAUGUCUGAAAAACCACUUCGUAACGGCCAGCGCGUCGAAGUCAUUGGCAAAGAUACGCUGGGGACCAUUGCUUAUGUGGGCGGCACACAUUUCUCUCAGGGCAAGUGGAUUGGUGUGGUCCUGGACGAGAAGAAGGGCAAGAACAAUGGGUCGGUGCAGGGCAAAUCAUACUUCCAGUGUGAAGACGGAUACGGCAUAUUCGUACGUCAGAGUCAGCUGUUAGUUCUGGACGACGAAAACGGAGAGGACGGCUCAUCGGCCACCACGGCGUCCAACUCCUCUACAGCGACUACCCCAGCGAGUGAUAAACCCAAGACCAGUGUGCAGCGGCUGGAGAGAAGACCCUCCAGGUUUGGGGGUCACCAAAGCAUGAAGCGGAGGGUUGAGCCGACGAGGUUACCAAUGCUUGGUAAAUUGCAGCAGCCCCGAGUGUAUGGUUCAGCCACCCCUACCACCCCAGCCUCCUCCAACCUCCCUAGGACUCCCUCCCUCUCCAGUGUGUCAUCUUCUCCCUGUUUCUCACCCCUCUUUAAGACUCCUUCACAGACCUCACUUAAAUCUUCCAAGACUGACAUAAGUAAGCUUGGCAGCUCUAAGUCAGACUUGACAAAGUCAGAGUCCUUGAGUAAUGUUUUGAGGGCCUCACCCAAACUUGAUUUGUCAAGAGUGUUAUCCAAGAUAGAUUGUGGAGACAAGUCAUUAUUAAAAAGGCCACCCUCGGUCAACUCCAUUGACUCCAUGGAUGGUGGCACACUCAGCCCCCGAAGCUCCUCCUCCAGGACCACCCCUUUCCGUAAGCCCAUUGCACCCACCCCCUUGAAGGCCAACAACUCCCGGAAGAAUGAACUACAGGCCAAGUUGCCAAUAGGGAGUGCAGGUAAAGGAGGCGGCCGUGACGACAGGACUCCCAGCAAAGAGUCGUCUCCACGGGCUGACAUGAAGAAACCUUCAGCCUUUGUUGAGGCCAGGCCAAGUCCUCGUUCUGGCCGUGGGUCGAGCGGAGGUGGCACAAGGGGCGGGACAAUGGACCGCUCAGGGUCACAAGUCAACCACCCCAGCCCCCGCACCCCCGCCUCGGCUACCGGGCCGGGGGAAGCUGGGGGCACGCCAGUCAGGGGGCCGACGGUCGAAGGCUGUGACAUUGCCUGUCAGACCGAACAAACGGGCUUUGUGGAGACGUUAACGCCGCAGUACACCCCCGGGGCGCCAUCGAGUGCCAUGCAAACCCUGGAGGAUAGGGUGGUGGCACUCCAAAACCAGCAGGAGAUGGAGAACCUCAGAGGGGAGAUACACGACCUGAACGAGAAAUUGGAGACGUUGAGAGUGAAGCGAGCUCAAGACAAGGAGAAGCUGAAGGAAGCGGAGAAGAUGAAGCUGCAAUACGAACAGCUGGUGGAAUUCAAGUCUCGUAUCAUGGAGUCCCAGGCUCAGCUACAGCGAGAGAUCCAGAAAGCAAAGGCGGAAGCUCGGGAAGCCCUGGAAACCAGAGAUCGCCACAUGGAAGACACCGAGGAGUUGUCUGAGAAUGUGGAGAUGUUGACCCUUGAUAAGGAAAUGGCAGAAGAAAAGGCAGAGACUCUACAGCUGGAACUGGAUCAGGCGGGAGAAAGGAUUGAAGAGCUGACGCUUGAUUUGGAGAUUCUUCGUGCAGAGAUGAGUGGAACUGCACCAAUUGGUGAAUCUGGGGUCUCCUCCCUUCAGGUCAAGCAGCUCGAGCAACAGAAUAGCCGUCUUCGGGAAACCCUUGUUAAAAUGCGCGACUUAUCUGCACAUGACAAACAUGAACUGCAAAAGAUUCAGAAGGACAUGGAGACAAAGAAGACUGAAAUAACAGACCUCUCACGUGCCAAGGAGAAAUUGGCCUCACAGACGGCCCAGCUGGAGCAGACUAUCUCGGAUCUUCAGGAGCAGGUUGAUGCUGCCCUGGGAGCAGAAGAGAUGGUGGAGAUGCUGACUGACCGCAACUUGAACCUAGAGGAGAAGGUGGCAGAGCUGUUGGAGACCGUGUUGGACCUGGAGGCCAUCAACGACAUGAACGACCAGCUCCAGGAGAACGCCCGGGAACUGGAGCUUGAGCUGAGGGAAGAGCUGGACAUGGCCAAUAGUAAAAUAAGAGAGGUUUUGAGGGAACGAGAGGCUGCCAACGAAGUGAUUGUUGACCAGGACACAACCAUCAAAAAGUUCCGAGAAUUGGUACAGAAACAGCAGGAGCAGAACAUAGAUUUACGUCAUUCUCUGGAGAAGGAGACCAACAAGCCCAUUGGUACACCGUCAGAGAUUAUUGACUUCAAGAAAAUGUUUACGGAGACCAAGGCUCACAGCAAGGCAAUUGACAUGGAGCUGCGGCGUCUUGAGGUGGCUCAGGCAAACCAGCACGUCUCAUACCUAACCCAGUACAUGCCUGACAACUUCAUGACUCGUGGAGGUGACCACGAUGCAGUGUUGGUGCUGUUGCUCGUGGCCAGGAUGAUAUGGAAGGCGGAAAUUGUGGUGGGUGGUGUGCGAGACAAGUACUCGUCACCUGAGGUUAUUGACCGCAAAUCUGUGCUCAAGACUCAUUCAGUGGAGCAGUAUGCCUUCUCUUCCCGCCUCUUACAGCUCCUCUACACACUUCAGACACUCCUUCAUCAGUACCAACAUGUGCUUGGGACGUGUAAUGUGGAUAUAUUCCUCAAGUUAGGAACGCUGUACCCGGAUAUGGCCUCUCACGAACGCAACGUGGACUUCUACGUUGAUCUCCUCAGGAAGGAUCAGUUGGACGAGAACAUACCCACAGAAGCUCUGGAGAAGACCGUCUCGUAUUUCUCGUCCGUGUACCCAGCUCACCUUUCCUCAGAGAAGAUGGACCAGACCCUCUACCUCAGCGACACAGCAAGAGUGUUGUCGUCUGCCACUGAUGCCACCUCCACCUACAGUGCCACCAUCACCACAAUGUUACAUCCUCAACAUGAAACUUGUGAAGUAGCAUUGUUGUGCAAGGACGUGAAUGGGGCCAGUAAAGAGAUCCAGGGAGCCGUGCGUAGGAUCCGCAGACGCAUGCCUCAGGAUGGUUCUGUAGGACCUCUCAGCUACCCCCAGGAAGUUCAGGAUGCUCUUACCACAGCCAUCACACACAUGAACAACUCUGCCAGGGCCUUGAAUCACGUGACAAAGGCUUGCUUGCAACAGGCAUCUUUGUUAUCAGAUUCUGAGAAUGGCAUCACUGGUGACAAGCUUAAGGAGCUGACACACCAGGCCACAGACCUUAUCUAUGGUGGAGAAGACCUGGGUCCUGAGUCCAUCAGAUUGUCACUCCAACGCACCCAGAAUGAGAUAUGCCGCAUUGCUAAUGUCCUGGAAAAGGGAGAGUAUGACUUUGAUGGCACAAUGGAAGAGAGGUCAGUUCCACCAGUAACUCUGAGGGCCCAAGCUCGCAAGAAUGAGAUGAAGGACACAGAACACAUCAAGUAUAAGCUGGAAAACAAGGAGCAGGAUAUUAAGGACCUCAAGCUGACCCUCAAGCAGAAGAAUGAAGAGUUUAGUGAGAUGACCGUGAGACGAGACCUUGCAGAGAAGAAGCUCUCCACGGCGACCAGAGAUGCCGACAUAACCAUAGAAAAACUGCAGAGGAAACUUGAUGAUACUCUGAUGAUGCUGCGACGCAAAGAAAAGGAGUACGAUGAAACGAUGGACCACCUCCAGAGUGACAUUGAGAGCUUAGAAUCUGAGAAGGGAGAACUGCGAGAAAAACUCAAGGCUCUCAACAAGAAGACCCUGUAUGAGGCGCUGUCUAAGUCCUCACCCUUAACUGGUGGCGUGUCACCCUCAUCCCCCACGACGCCUUCUGGAGGAGUGGCACCAGCAGUGGGAGGAGGUAUGGUGAGGGAUUCCCCCAUGUUACUGCAACAGAUUUCAGACCUAAGAACAGCCCUCAACCAUGCCACUGCUGCCAGCCAUUAUGUUACAGCACAUCACAUGCAGCACCAGUUGGCUUCUCUGAGACCCAUCAAGGUACAGAAAUUAGGUCUUGUUGGUGAAGAGAAGCGAGAUGUUAGUAAGGACGAUUCAGAUGGCAAAGGAACAAUAAAUCACAUUAAUCACUUGAAGAGACGGGCAUCACACCUGCAGAAGGAAGUGAAUGCCAUGAUGACUGGUGUGAAGGUGGUGGAUCUGAGCAAGCGGCAGCCAGCUACCCAGCCCGCUACCGACUCUGCCUCUCCCGCAUACCACCUCAUCAACCAUAACAACAAACUUAACCGUCUACGUUCAGAGUUUGCCACUCUCCAGGAUGAGAUCACCCGGACGUUGGCCAUCAGUAAACCCGGAGGAAGCAUCACCACGGCCUUUUCCUCUUUCCCAUCUCCUCAGCUCACUAAGGUGUUGGCUGAGCAGGACCUGGUGCAGAUUGGGUGUGUCAAGGUGCCGGGCUCAGUCAGCAAUUCAGUAUCUAGUGAAUCCAUACAAGUGGUUCUCCAGCCUGACAACCUCAGAACCCUUCACCUCCGCCUCCUGAAGUAGAUACAGUAUUUGGGUCUGUGAUACUCACCCUUUACAACUGAUCCAAGUACAGUAUGAUCAUCGUGGAACCAUUACUCCCUGCUUCCAUCAUCACUCCUUGGUAUACAAGGUGGAAAUAUAUUUGUGAUAUAAAAAAUGUGUAGUGUAAAUAUACUGAUAACUUAUUUUGCUUACUCAUUAAGAAAGGGGAUUUGUAGACUUUACGCAUCAAGUUUUUCAUUGACUCUUGAGCCUUGUAUUGUACAUUUAACCCAAGAAUAAGUUUUUUUUAUAUAAUUUUUUCGGAUCAUUACCUAUUUUUGUUGUACACAAGAGGUAACCAUUCUUUAUAAAAAAAAAUUAUUACCGAGAUUGUGAUCAUAAUUUAUGGUAGUUAAGUCACUGAGUUUGAAAUGAACUUUGGAGCUAAGCCUUGGUAAUAAUGAUAAGCCUGUUCUCAUAUUUGUUACUGUACUUUGGUAGGGAUAAUCAGGUUAAACAAAUGUUGUAGGUCAAUCUCAAAGAUAAGAGGAUUACUGAUAUAAUAUUUAUAAUUUUAUAAUUAUUAUGUGUGAUAAGCUUUGCAUAGAUUUUCACCAAUUAUUGAUAGCAUAAAGUGUCGGUAAACCUUGACACUGCAGUGUACUGCUUUCUCUGUUUUAUUUAUCUGUACUGUAUGUUCUUAAGCUCCUUACUGGUGAUGCCUCACUUGGUUAGGAAGACAGGUGUACAAUAUUUUGUAAAGGUCGUGUCAUGUGCUGUAGUGAAUCAAAUUCAUCUCAGUCCAACAUUAUCUCGGAUGUAAUGUGCAGAGGUUGUUAAAGUGGACAUGUUAAUUGUCUUUAGUUAAACUUGUCAUUAACACAGUAGUGACAAUAAUUAUAAAUUCUUUUCAAGAGAGAGCAGGACUAGGGGGCCCUGUAAUGGUGCACACUCAUCACCUGUGUGUCUUUGGGUUUUGUGAAGGUUCACUUUAAAAUAUUUGAUUGUGAGAACUAAAGGUUUUUAUAUUAAUAAAUAAAUGCAGUUUGAAACAUUAACUGGGUUUAAAAUAAUUUGAAUUUAUGAAGUUUAAUGUGAACCUUUGUUAGGAAGCAUCACUGUUGCUCCAUCUGGCACUGACCAAGUGUGUGUCCUGGAAGGUGUUACCAGUAGCAUAUCAAGAGCCAGGUCUUACAUCUUUAUCCAGUAAUCUGUUUUCAGUAUUAUGUAACUGAUGAUUCAUUUAGGAUUAACACUCAUUAAUUUAAACUUUAUGGAAUACCUCAACACAAUUGGUUAAAGCAUUGGCAGAGAAUAUACUGGUACAGUACUUACCAUGGUUACUGUAACACAAAAAUAACAGUUAACAUCAGUAGCCCCAUUACCUGUUCUUUGUUCAGAAGUAAGAUCACCUAAUUAUCUAGUGUUGUGAAAAUUGGACAUCAUAUUAAAAUACACCUGGUAAGGCAGCUAGGAGGAGUAUAAUAUGAAAGUGAAUGAGGGAGAAUCAGUGUUGCUUUUGACUCCAACUGCUCUACAGAAUAGUAGGAAGGGGUUGCAAAAAGUGAAGAAAAAAUUCCCAACCUAUUUACUUAUAAAAACCCGAAUGGUUCCUAAAUGUUGAGAGGGGGGAAAGGGAUACACCUAUCAUGUCUCACCGGUUCUGUUACAUGGUUGUCAUGGGUUAACUCAUAAUGCCUUCCGAGUGGCCAAGUUAGCCAAGCUCUUCGAGUGGCCAGUUAGUCAAGUCUCGAAGGCAUCUUGUCAGUGAGUAUAUACAAAAGGCCUCUACCUUGGCCUGCUGUGGCAGCCAUAAAUGCAGUGAUGGCAAGACAAAAUGAGUUGGUUGUGGUACAGUACCUGUGCAGGACAAUAAGACCCUCGUCGUUGACGCGAUGAGUAUAAUUCGGACAAAACCUGUUGAAUACAGUUCACAUAUAACAACUGCUGAUACAUAAAGAGAUUGAAUAAUAUGAUCAAUAUACAGUACAUAACCUGUUAAAUAUAACUUACAUGUAACAACUGCUGGUACAUCAAGAGAGACAGUUUGAAUAAUAUGAUCAAUAUACAGCACAUAAAUACACUUAUUAAAGUUAGAGUUCUCAGAAGAUUCAACAGAUCACACUUACGUUUUCGGGUCGUGGGUUAGACAAACGAGAACAAAUAUAAUGUCCUGCAGGAAGAUGUUGGCUGUCGAGAAUCAAGAUGUUGCCUCUACAGUAGAAGGCGAUAGUCUGCCCCUCAGGCGAUCACGCAGCUGCUACCAGCUCCAACUCGCUUAGUAAGCUAUUCCGAGUUGUAAACCGUCUCUUCACAUAACAUGUGGCUGGCACGCACAAUUGUGAGUGGCGAUAACAGUACCCUUUUAAGUUUAUUAUUUCACCAUUCUUAAAACUGUAAUGACAUUUAGUUCCAUAUAACAAGUGCAUUAUAUUGAUGAUCGAGUAGCCUCUGUUUGAUGGAACAGGACAGGGCGAGGUUCUAAUCUUCUCUGGAUAAAUUUUGUAGUUCACAAAAAAAAACAUACCCAGUACAUAUUAAGUUUGAAAUAAGAGGGCAUUACUCGUAAUGACUAAAAGGUACAUUACAGUAUAUGAAAAUAGGAUGAGUGAGAAGAAAACAUAAAAGAUUACUGGAUAAUACUGUAGUUUUAUGUAAGAGGCCACAACUAUAUCCUCCAUUUAUCAAAGCAAGAUUGUUGGGUGGAAAGUCUCUUUAAAGUAACUGUUACUGUACCCUCUUAUAGCUUGUGGUUUUUGAGAUUGAGAACAACUCUGAUUUGACUUUGAUGUUUCAUCAAAUUCCAGGAGUAACUUGACAUGCUAGCAGCAACUCAGAUGCUUUAUGCACCACCAAUUUUAUUCUCUAGUUUUACAUUAAUAUUAUAUUUAAUAUAAGGUGUGACUGUUUUUGUUAAGUGUGCAGAACUUUUAACUUAAGACUUUUAUCAACCAGAACCGUACCCAUGUGCUUAUCAAUUUUAACAAAAAGAAUAAAUUUAUAAAAAUUUUAUAGUUACAGUAGGUAGUUAAAUUUUACUUUUAAACCAAAAAGUGGAUAAUUAUGAAGAAUAAGUACAAAAUCAGUUAAAUGUCACAUUAUGGAAACAAUUUGAAGGUGAAGGUGAACUGAAAUCUUAUUGUUUGCAUACAAGAAUUAUAUUAAUUUCUCUUGGAAUAAAAAAAUUCACUUUUACAUAUAAAGUUACAGUACAGUAUUCUGAACUUGUUAAAUUAGUUAUGGAGAGAGUAAGGAAGUAUUCAUUUAUGCUGUAAUAUGUUUUAGUAUUUCAGUUGCUAAUUCCAGGGCACGUGGUCUACAUUAAAGCUACGGUCACACUAGAGUUUUCCGUGCAAUAAAUCCACAAAAGCAUUUCAUCCACAGGCAAUAAGUCAAUGGUACGCUCCGCACACCGACAAAAGGAAACGUUGGCCAGGCGCCCAGCUCAUGCGGCUAGUUUGAGCACAGUUGGAGAGCAGGAUGGCUUCAUUUUUUGUUUCUAUGGUAACUGCUUUAGUGGGAUGUGUGGUCCUGUUAAAGUAGACCAAGAUGAAAGAAGCAAAGAUUGUAGUGUCCAGGCAAUGUUUGUUUACAAAAGUGAUGCACGUAAUGUACUCUAAGAGUCAAAUGAAAUUCCUGUUGUACGAUGUAUUCUUCUUUGCUUGUUUUGUUAUCGAAAUACACUGUAUAUUUUUGUACAUUUUAACAUUAAUACGAAAAAAUAAGAACGGUAUAAAUUUAAUUAAAACAAUAGACUAUAGUAAAUGUCAACCUACCAUACUGUGGAUUUUCAGAUGCUCCGUAUCGUCCUACUUCGACAACAAAGAAGUUGUUGCUGUAGACAACUUGAGUUCUCGUGAAAAAUCAACGCUAAGUUGGAUUUAUUCUGGGUAGAAACUUGUGACCACAGCUUAAGCUGUUGAAAUUUAAAUUAAUUUUAGAAUGGGUUUUCUUUAAGCCAACCAGCACACAGUCCCUGCCUGAUCUUGAUAUAUUCUCAUUAAUAGUGCCCGGUUAUAAUGAAGUUUACACUGAAAAUUAAUUUAAUUUGGUUUCCAUUUACUGUAUUAUUUUGUGUAGUGGAGGUUACGAUGCUGUAAAGGAAACAUGUGAGUUGACAACUUACAUUAAACUCAAGGGAGAGGCAGGGCUAACAGGCUGUAUCUUAUUAUUGUGUGCACCAAGGCGGGCAACAUAACUUACGUCAGAUGUAGACCUAAACUUAGCUAAACCUUUUCACAUUAUUGGAAGCAUCCACCAUGCUGUGUUUUUUAAUUAUUGCAGGAGGCAGAUAGUCAAAGGCAUGUUGUUGUCUAAUUGCCAAACAGCUUACUCAGAAGAUGACAGAAAGCAAAGUUUAAAGUAAAGGCCAGUUUUAGGUGAGAAUACACUCCAUGGUAAACAGUUCCCUUUUGGCUGAUGAUAACUCCUUAGUGGUGUUGAUAUUGGUGAUAGCUACUGCAUUAACUAAUACCCUGAUGGACCAAUAAUAUAUACACAUUAAACUUGAUGGCGGUGGGUAUGCACAAAUUAUUAAAAUGUCUCAUAUUGCUUAAACCACUGAGCUAGCUUUUUAUUACUGCAGUACUUGAGUACAGUAAUAUAAUUGCUUAAUGUUAAUUUACUUUUUCUUCCCCAAAAAACAGUAUUUGGAGAAUAUCUUUUGUUUGACAGUAAAUUAAGUAUCAUAUUAAGUACCAAAUGUUUUUUGUAGGUGAAAAAGCCAAAGGUUUUCUCAAAUGUUAUUUAUUUUAUUAUAUGAUGUUUAGCAAACCAAAGAUGCUUUAUAAAAAUGUCUUCAUUUGAUAAGUUUCUGUCCCUUUGUCAAGAGUAGACAAAGUUACUGAGGUAAUUAGUGUUUAAAAACUGGAAAAAAUGUAAUCAGAAACUAUUGCUUUGCCUUACAUUAAAUGUUGAAUACAUGA